AUGGCGGAGGGAUUCCGCUCGGUCCCGGGAGGGAAACCGGCGGGCACGCACCCGCCUUCGCGGGACACCCGCGCCGGGCCCGAGGUGCCAAUGGCGGCCGAAGGGCUGUGGGGGCCGGGCGGCCCCCCCGGCUGGGAGCUGGACGGGUGGUACCAGGACCUGCAGGAGGUGCUGGCAGCGGAGCCCCCCGGAGCCGCCCCCACCUGGGGGGCUGAGCAGGUGGAUCCGGGCCCGGGGGGCUGCGGGCUGGACCUGGCCCUGGCCGAGGAGUUGCUGGAGCUGCUCGGGCCGGAGGGAGCGGAGGAGGAAGAAGAGGAGGAGGCGCGGGGGGCGCGGAGGAAGCGGCGCGGCGGCGCCGGGGCUCCGCGGGAGCGGGACGGGGAGCGGCGGGUGCGGGAGCUGACGGCGCACAACGAGCGGCUCCGCGCCGAGAUCCAGCGGCUCAGCGCCGAGGUGCAGCGCACCCGCGCCGCGCUCAUCGACCGCAUCGUCAACCUGCGCCAGGUGUAG